CCCACCUAUCCGUUUCAGCCUCAUCUUCGGCCCCGCCCCCAGCUUCCGAGCCUGCUUCCCGGCUUCCGGUACCGCGCCACGUCUUCCGGUCCUCCCUACUGUCUUCCGGCCGGGUAUUUGAUGGCUGAGAUGGCCCACAGUUCGGCAGCUGCUUCCCAGCUCGGGAGGGUGGAGCUGGGCUUCGCAGAGGAGGCGCCGGCCUGGAGGCUGCGCAGCGAGCAGUUCCCCAGCAAGGUCGGGGGGCGGCCGGCGUGGCUGGGCGCGGCAGGGCUGCCAAAGCCCGACGCUCUGUCCUGUCCACGGUGCGGCCGGCCGCUCGCUUUCCUGCUGCAGGUGUAUGCACCGCUACCGGGCCGGGCCGACGCCUUCCACCGGAGCCUCUUCCUGUUCUGCUGCCGCGAGCCACCGUGCUGCUCUGGUCUUCGAGUUUUCAGGAACCAGUUACCCAGGAAAAAUGAGUUUUAUUCAUAUGAUCCGCCUUCUGAGAACCCUCCUGCAGAAGCAGGAGAAUCUUUGCAUCUCCAGCUUAAGUCUGGAGCUCAUCUCUGCAGGGUUUGUGGCUGUUUAGGCCCUAAAGCAUGUUCAAGAUGCCACCAGGCACAUUACUGCAGUAAGGAGCAUCAGACGCUGGACUGGAGAUUGGGACAUAAGCAGGCUUGUACACAGCUAGUUUCAGAUAAUUUGGACCAUACAUUUCCAGACCAUAACUUCCUUUUUCCAGAAUUUGAAAUUGUAAUAGAAACAGAAGAUGAGAUUCUACCUGAAGUUGUGGAUAAAGAUGACGACUCUGAGAUUAUAGGAAGUAUGGGUGAAACACUUGAAGAAGAACUAGAUUCUAUGGCAAGGCAUGAAUCUAGGGAGGAUCAAGUUUUCCAGAACUUUAAAACUCAGAUAGCCCUUGAACCAGAACAGAUUCUCCGGUAUGGCAGAGGUAUUGAACCCAUCUGGAUUUCUGGUGAAAAUAUACCUCAAGAAAAGGAUAUUCCAAACUGCCCCUGUGGCACCAAGAGAAUAUUUGAGUUCCAGGUCAUGCCACAGCUGCUGAACUACUUAAAGGCAGACAGAUUGGGCAAGAGUGUUGACUGGGGUGUCCUGGCUGUCUUCACCUGUGCUGAGAACUGUAGCUUGGGCACUGGCUACACAGAGGAAUUUGUGUGGAAGCAGGAUAUACCAGAGACACCUUGAAGAUAAACCUUAUGUCUUAUCACCUUAUUACUCAUAUCUCUUGUUCGAGAUGAGGCACAAAAAUACUGCUUGAGGCAUUAUUUCUAAUGUCUUUUAAUGUUGUUAAUACAACAAAACUAUUCAAUGACAGGAAAUUAAAAAAAACAUUUAAAAGUAAGUUUCUAUGUCCAUAGUGCAAGAUCAUUCUAAUGGACUAUAUGGACACCAAAUAAUGUCUCAGUGAACAUCAGGAUAUCAUUACUGAUAGUACUCAUGGUAUGUUGUUUUGUUUUUUUAGAAAUAUUCACAUAUGUUUAUGUACAUAGAAAUAAAUCUGGAAAGAUCUACUGGUUAUCUGUGAAUGGUGGGACCAAGUGACAUGAUCUUUUUAGUUAUAUUUACAUAUUUUUCUAUAAUAAAAAUAAGCUAUGUGCCUAUUGAACUAAAAACCAUUCACUCUUUUCCCCCUAAAUUGUUAAAGUGUUUAGUUAAAAUAAUCCAACCAGACCAUCUGAGUGAUGGCAGAAUGUGAAAAAGAUUAAACUUUGUUAGGUGAGUGAAUACGAUAAAUAAGAUACCCAGGAACUAAAGGAACGAUGCCAGAGAUGGCAAGAUUAGAGGAAAUGGCAGAUUACUGGGGAAAGAGAACUUGAUGAAGCCCUCUCUCAGAACUGGUCAUCUGGGACCUUUUUUAAAGACUGAAAGAUGAGGCUGUAGUAUGCUUGUAAUCCUGAAUUCUAAUUGGAUCUAUCAGUAUGAACUUGUGAAAUAUUUUACCUUGAAAAGCAAAGCAUUAAGCCAGUCAGUCACAUGCCAGUAAUCCUCGCUACUCAGGAUGUGAAGCGACCUGAAAAUCACUAGUCAAAGCCAGCCCAGGAAGGAAAGUCUAUUAAAUUCUUACACCCAAUUGACAAAAAAACA